UGCAUAAAACUGGGGAGGGGCAUAGACUGAGGUUGGUCCCUUCUUGGGUUGUAACAUAUGCACGCUCUGAACACUCCCCUAAGCAGAAGCUAAGCCUGCACACAGUCUCGCAUUUUUCCUGCAGAGCUCCUUGCCUUCUCAUAGUCAGUGAACUUGAUUUGGGAAUGUCCUGGAUGUCUCAUCUGACAUUUUAUCAUUGAUACUCUUGAAUGACUAGUCUCAACAGCUCUGCUAACUUCAGGAAAUGACGCUCCCUCAAAUGUUUCCCCUCAUCGUGCUCUUCCUGUGCUUCCUAGAAGUGAGUACUGGUAAGAAGAGCAAAGAGACCAGCGAGAAGACGCUGCCUUCCUUCCCCUGGGCACAGUCAGGACAGUUCUCCACCUCAAAGAAACAUUUGUGCACUUGGCAGCUGGCCUCUGGGGACGGAGCCACUGAGAUCCAGCUCAGCUGUCACCCGCCAGGUGAGGACAGCAGCCAGGGACAGCAGUGUGUCUACCGGGGCCAGCCAGAGCUAUGUCCUGCCUACAACUCCAAAGGCCGCCAGUUCUGGAAACAGAUCUUGGGCAAGCUGCGCAAGAAGCACCACCCAUGCAAGGAGACAAGUCCACUCAAGUCUCGGCUUUGUAGUGGCAAGAAGGGAGGAUCUGAAGCACAGCUACACCUGGUUGUUAUCCCCUUCAGCACAGAAGCCUCGGUGACUGUCGAGAGUACUACUAAAGUGAGACCCAAGGGGAAAGGUCGCCCUAAGGAUCCACCAUCCCAGCAGAAAGCACCCAGGGACCGGGGACAAGGCAGCCCUGGGAAGGCCGAUACCCCAGAUAAGCGGAACAAAGGGGAAAAGAGAAAAGGAGGCCACAACCCCUCUGCAGCCCCAACCCAGACACCCAGUCGGCAACUGACGGCCAUUGUGGGAGGCUCUGAACAGCCCACGGAGCUCAAUGCUGAUGCAGUAGAGGCUUACUGUGAAGAGAAGUGGCACUCCCUAUGUAACUUCUUUGUGAAUUUCUGGAAUGGCUGAAGUGGGAACAACAAGAGAAAAGGGGGGCACUGGGAGGGUGGGGGAGUGGAAGUGUACAGGAGAAAGCCUAGUUAGAGAUAGGGUUGGAAGGCAAGUGGUGUGCUUGGACAGAGCCUGGAGAAUUUACUUUCGGGGGCUGCAGUUUUCAGAGUUCCCCAGCCAGCAUGGCAAAUGUGCAUGGUGGCUAGAGGAUUCUGGGAGUAAUACUCCCCCCCAAAAUAACUUUUUCCAAGGUUUGGGUUUGGGGUAAUGAGGAGCAAAGAAGAGGCAAGUGAACAGAAGAGCCAGUUGAAUAUGGACAGAUGAAAUCCAACAGAAUAUGGGGCAAAGAUCUUGGAUUGUAAGGGGGUGGUAUUCAACAAUGGGUGUUGAUGGGACAUGUUACUUUACUCAUUCCUAUUCAUCAUGCAAUGGCGAUUAAUGACGAGAUGGAGGAUAAGGAGUUGUGGGUUAGCAUGAAAAGCAUGCCCUUCCUUCCAUGUUAGGCAUACUCUGACAACAAGUAGGUUGCUCUACUUUAUCAGCAAACGUAUUCCCUACCAACUACAAAGUAGGUAACCCCCAAUUUAAUCAAAAGAAUAUUGUGAUGAUUACAUUUGAAUCAUUUGCCAAAUUCUUCCUUUUAUACCUAGAAGAUAAUAUCUAACAUUUGUUCCAGCAUUUGGUGAGGUAGAUACUGCUACUGAUAGGUGUUAACCAUUUUGUUAAUGAUAAUAAUAAAUGAAAUUCUUUUAUAGCA